AUGGUGUUCACUACUUCUCCUACAGUGCAGUCCCUGCCCUUCCCUCCGGAUAGUAUUCCUAUCAGUGACCUGAUAUUCGACGAUAAAUAUGGACGGUGUCUCGUGGAGAAGUCUCCUAGUCCUUUUAUUUGCGGACUCACUGGCAACAGUUACUCAUUCAAGGAGUAUGAGCAGCGAGUCGAUCUUCUAUCCCGCGGCUUGUCAAAGGAUAUCGGCUGGCAGCCGAAUCAAGGUACUGAGCUACACAAAGUCAUUGCAAUUUUUAGCGUCAACACGAUUGACUUUGUUGCAGUGACUCUGGCUACGCAGCGUCUUGGAGGAGCUAGUCUUCUGAUCCAUCCGACGAGUACGGCGACUGAGUUAGAAAGCCAUCUUAAAGCCAUUGGCUGUAAGGUUAUCUUCACUUGUGCUCCACUGUUACCGACUUGCCUAGAGGCUUCUAAGAAGCUAGAUGUGCCUCUGUCCAGCAUUUAUCUGCAAGAACUUCCUGUCCCAGCGGCGGUACCCAACGUGGAUCACUUCAAAACAGUCAAUCAGCUCAUAAAAUUCGGAUCUGACCAACCAAUGCUGGAAAGAGCAACAUGGACGGAACACCAAGGGAAGUCUCGAUUAGCCUUCCUAUGUUCUUCCAGCGGCACAUCGGGAUUCCAAAAACUGGUGAAAGUCUCUCACUACAAUGUCGUUUCCAAUAUUCUCCAAACCGCAACGUUUGAACUUGGCGCAGCCAACCGGGACAAAUCUUUGGGUCUUCUACCUUUUAGCCAUAGCUUUGCACUAGUUACUGCCCUUGUCCAAGUAUAUCGGGGAGAUACUAUUGUUAUCCUCCCUAAGUUUGAUAUGCAGCAGAUGUUGGCAGCCACAAAGCAAUAUCAGCUGAAUCGACUGUAUCUGGUUCCUCCGAUCUUAGUUGGAUUGUUGAAAUAUUCGACCCGACUCGGCGUCAAAGAGCUGUCAGCUCUUAAAUCUCACCUCGAGUCCGUGAAGUCGGUUGUCAUUGGGGCCGCCCCCUUUGACGUCGCCAUCGCAAAGCAGCUUUCCGUCAUCUUCCCCGAUUGGGAAAUAUUGCAAGGCUAUGGCCUCACAGAAGCAUCUGUUGUAGUAUCAUAUACCAGAUCCGGUAAUGUCUAUCUAGGCUCGGGUAUGCUUCUUCCUCUCGUUCAGGCCCGUCUGAUAGAGAAGACUGGAACGGAGGUCACAGCAUACGGAACUCCAGGGGAGCUUGUUAUUCAAUCCCCUAGCAUUGUCCUUGGUUACUUUAAUGACCCCGAGGCCGACCAGCUGUCAUUCACUUCGGACGGCUGGCUGAGGACCGGGGAUGUAGCUAUGUUCAAACCCGAUGAAACAGGCGCCGAGCAUCUCUUCAUUGUCGACCGACUGAAGGAUAUGAUCAAGGUCAAGGGUAUGCAAGUAGCACCCGGAGAUAUCGAAGCCAAGUUACUCUCGCAUCCUUCUGUCGCCGAUGCUGCGGUUAUCGGAGUCCCCGAUACAGCCAUGGGCGAAGUAGCGAAAGCAUUUAUCGUCCUCGCCCCUCCAGCAUCAGCAAAUACCCAAACUAGGGACGAGAUCUUCAGCCAUUUAAUGCAUAGUAUGGCCGAGGCAUGCUGGUUGAGAGGUGGGAUCGAUUUUAUCGAGAGUAUCCCCAAAAGCCAGAGCGGAAAGAUAUUGAAAGCAGCUUUGAAGCAGAGGAAUAUGGAACUCGCUUGA